UCUCACUGGCGACUUCUUCGAAGUUUAGCUCCAAAAGCCCCAGCGUCGGCCCAUCGCAAUCUCCGUCGCUUUUUCUCUCUCUCUCGCUUCCUGAACCCCUACAAAUUCUACUCUCCGUCUUCCAUCCAGCCCUUCUGUUUCUCCGCCAAGGACCGCCGGCGAGCCCCGUCUUGGGUUUCGCCAAAGAACCAAGAUAUGGCCCAAUCCCUCCACGUCUUCGCCCCUCCCUCAUCGGCCCCCUCGCCUCGCCUCCUCCGUCCCCGCCUGGCCUCCCUCCCCCACCACCACCGCCUCAUCCGCCGCCAGUUCUGCCGAGCCUCCACCUCCCCGCCCCCGGCGCCGGAUCUUGGCCCGGCGGUCCUUGCCUCCGACAAUGGCGUCAGCGCCUCUUCCUUGGCCGCCACCGCCGCGGCGGCGAUCGACGUGGACGCGGUGACGGAGGCGGAGCUGAAGGAGAACGGUUUCCGGAGCACGCGGCGGACGAAGCUGGUGUGCACGAUAGGGCCGGCGACGUGCGGGGCGGAGCAGCUGGAGGCGCUCGCCGUCGGAGGGAUGAACGUUGCCCGGGUCAACAUGUGCCACGGCACGCACGACUGGCAUCGCCGCGUCAUCCGCCAGGUCCGCCGGCUCAACGAGGAGAAGGGGUUCGCCGUCGCUGUGAUGAUGGACACUGAGGGGAGUGAGAUCCAUAUGGGUGAUCUUGGCGGCGCUGCCUCCGCCAAGGCCGAGGAUGGUGAGAUUUGGACGUUCAGUGUUAGAGCUUUUAAUUCACCUCUUCCAGACCGAACCAUUCAUGUGAACUAUGAGGGCUUCGCUGAAGAUGUGAGGGUGGGUGAUGAACUUCUUGUGGAUGGAGGAAUGGUUCGAUUUGAGGUGAUUGAGAAGAUUGGCCCAGAUGUGAAAUGUCGUUGUACCGAUCCUGGGCUGUUGUUACCACGGGCUAAUCUGACCUUUUGGCGGGAUGGUAGCGUAGUUAGGGAACGUAACGCCAUGCUUCCUACAAUUUCUUCUAAGGACUGGCUGGACAUAGACUUUGGGAUUGCUGAGGGUGUGGAUUUUAUUUCAGUUUCAUUUGUCAAGUCUGCAGAAGUCAUUAAUCAUCUCAAAAGCUACAUAGCUGCACGGAGUCGUGACAGUGACAUUGCGGUGAUUGCAAAGAUUGAGAGUGUUGAUUCUUUGAAAAAUUUGGAAGAGAUCAUCCGUGCAUCAGAUGGAGCAAUGGUGGCCAGAGGAGACUUAGGUGCUCAAAUUCCACUGGAGCAAGUCCCGUCGGCACAGCAGAAGAUUGUUAAACUGUGCAGGCAGCUCGACAAACCUGUCAUUGUAGCUUCUCAGCUUCUUGAGUCUAUGAUUGAGUAUCCUACACCAACUAGAGCUGAAGUCGCUGAUGUGUCCGAAGCAGUCCGGCAGCGGGCUGAUGCUCUGAUGCUUUCUGGUGAGUCAGCCAUGGGUCAAUAUCCAGAGAAGGCACUGACCGUCCUUAGAAGUGUCAGCCUAAGGAUUGAAAGGUGGUGGAGAGAAGAGAAGCGUUUUGAAGCAAUGGAGCUCCCAGAUGUUGCAUCUUCUUUCUCUGACAAAAUCUCAGAGGAGAUAUGCAAUUCAGCUGCCAAAAUGGCUAACAAUUUGGGAGUAGAUGCACUCUUCGUCUACACAAAGACGAGUCACAUGGCCUCUCUUCUUUCACGCUGCCGCCCUGACUGUCCAAUUUUUGCAUUCACGACUUCAACAUCUGUAAGGAGACGGCUGAACCUGCAGUGGGGUCUGAUUCCCUUCCGCCUCAGUUUUUCCGAUGACAUGGAAAGCAACCUCAAUCGCACUUUCUCUUUGCUCAAGGCCAGGGGGAUGAUCCAGUCUGGCGACCUUGUCAUUGCCCUCUCUGAUAUGCUGCAGUCGAUUCAAGUGAUGAAUGUCCCAUAAGGGUAGGUUUACUUCUGUUUGUUGCAUUGUUUUCCCUUCAUUUUUAGCUGUCUAAAGCUUAGCUCCAACUUUUGAAGAGUUAAGUUGUUGUAGCAUCAAACCACAUUUGUUUGUUAUUCAUCAACUGUAGCCAAUGAUCUAUGAAGACCGAAUUUCCAAUCAUAGUUGCAUCUCCUUUGCAAGCUUCUGCUAC